GGAAAAUAUAAAAUCAUGAUCGGGAAGACCAAACACAAAAAGGAGAAAAAUGGCAGAGAAAUUGGCUCCAGAGCAACGCCACAUCUUCACCCACAAUGGCCAGAAGGUGUUCGAGUGGGAUCAAACGUUGGAAGAGGUGAAUAUGUACAUAACCCUUCCACCAAAUGUUCCUAAGAAACUGUUUCACUGUAAGAUUGAUUCCAAUCAUGUCCAUGUUGGGAUUAAAGGAAACCCUCCUUAUCUUGAUCACGAUCUUACCUGUCCAGUGAAGACAGAUUGUUCAUUUUGGACACUAGAGGAUGAUGUAAUGCAUAUAACUUUGCAGAAGAGGGACAAAGGUCAGACGUGGUCUUCUCCUAUUGUGGGUCAAGGCCAGUUGGAUCCUUACACAACAGAUCUUGAACAAAGGCGUCUCAUGCUUCAACGAUUUCAAGAGGAGAAUCCAGGCUUCGACUUCUCACAGGCACAGUUCUCAGGCAGUUGCCCUGAUCCAAGGACCUUCAUGGGUGGGAUCCAUUCAACCUGAGAGUUCUUAGUCUUCAAAAUAAACUGUGCUGAUCACAGAACUGGGUUUAUUUACAUAAUCAAAGGUGUAAUAUGUAAUUGUUGCAGUGCGUAUUUUGAAACCUCUCGUUGUAUUAACAUUUCUUUUUCUUCAGUAUCUCGGUUAUGUGAGUAUCUGCUGGUCCUUGAACUUUAGCGAAAUUUCAUCUUAGCCUCCAUUGGAAAUAGUGUGUGAAUGGAAUUCGUAUGUUGAUAGAAGCAAAUAGUAGAAAAUUGGAUAGUA